GUGUGUGUGUGUGUGUGUGUGUGUGUGUGUGUGUGUGUGUGUGUGUGUGUGUGUGUGUGUGUGUGUGUGUGUGUGUGUGUGUGUGUGUGUGUGUGUGUGUGUGUGUGUGUGUGUGUGUGUGUGUGUGUGUGUGUGUGUGUGUGUGUGGCGCUACACCCGGGCAAAAGCGCUGGCAGUAUGACUAAAUGAGGCCGGCCUUACGUCACGAGGGUGUGAUCAGUCCAGGGGUUCACUUGGCAAUUUUAGCGCGAUUGGACUUGAUAUUUCAUUUUCUGUUUAGUCUCAGCGCGCCUCAUUUCGACCUUCACCGGGAGAGAUAAUGGAGAAUCACGCACAGCCUUCCAGCUAGCUAACCCGGCAGCUUUAUCCGACGGAAUGGGAGAUGUCUUCGCUAGCUAGCUCGCUAGCUAAGCAGCUGUCCUGCCUUGUCUCGUCAGGGGUGUGUGUAAGUGAACGCUUUGCUGUGGUCGCUGGAGCGCUAACGUCGAGUCGCAGCCACAUCUGGACGGAGAGACAUGCAGACGUUUUUGCGGGGUAAACGCGUGGGCUACUGGCUCAGCGAGAAGAAGAUGAAGAAACUCAAUUUUCUGGCUUUCGCCGAUAUGUGCAGGAAACGAGGCAUAGAAGUGGUUCAGCUUGACCUGAGCCAGCCUCUGGAGGAGCAAGGCCCGUUAGACGUCAUCAUCCACAAGCUGACAGAUCUGAUCCUGGAGGCGGACCAGAACGACACCCAGUCCCUGUUACUGGUUCAGCGUGUGCAGGACUACAUAGAUGCUCACCCUGAGACCAUAGUGCUGGAUCCACUCCCAGCCAUCAGGACACUGCUAGACCGCUGCAAGUCUUACCAGCUGGUCCACCGAAUAGAGGCCUGUAUGCAAGAUGAGAGGAUCUGCUCUCCUCCGUUCAUGGUGCUGAACAGCGAGUGUGGUCCAGACACACUGGAACAGAUCAAACAACAUGGUCUUACAUUCCCCUUCAUUUGCAAAACACGAGUAGCACACGGAACCAACUCCCAUGAGAUGGCCAUUAUCUUCAGUGCUGAGGAUCUGAAGGAUGUGAAGCCCCCGUGCGUGAUUCAGAGCUUCAUCAACCAUAAUGCUGUGCUCUAUAAGGUGUUUGUGGUGGGUGAGUCCUACACCGUGGUGGAAAGACCCUCCCUGAAGAACUUCCCAUCUGGCCCUGCUGACCGAAAAGCUAUUUUCUUCAACAGCCAUAAUGUGUCCAAACCGGAGUCAUCCUCAGACCUUACAUCUCGAGAUAAUGUAGAGGGUGUGUCCCAGCCACCCAACGAUGAUGUUAUUAGGGCACUGUCCAGAUCUCUGAGACAGGCUUUGAGAGUGUCGCUGUUUGGCAUUGAUGUUAUCAUCAACAACCAGACAGGCCAACAUGCGGUCAUUGACAUCAAUGCUUUCCCAGGAUAUGAGGGUGUUCCAGAGUUCUUCACUGACCUCCUCAACCACAUCACCAGCGUGCUUCAAGGCCAGUCUUCCAGUGACCAUCUUCCUCUGCCACUGGCUUCACCCCUCUCAGCGGCGUUAACCGCUCCAGUCUCAGAGGAGCGGAGCGGAGCCCCCUCCCAGGAGUGUGGCAGCCUGUUAGGGGAAGAGUCAGACAACAGCAGCAGCAGCGCGUGGAUCUUGGAGGGGGAUGAAGGACUGAAGAGUCCAUGCCAGAGACUGGGCUGCAAUUCAGCAGUGUCACCCAACUUCCAACAGCACUGCGUGGCCACCAUCGCCACCAAAGCCUCCUCGCAGUGACCACCUUCUUUCCCUCCGCUGAACAAAACAAGAACAGAGUGAAUAAUAAUAAUAAAUAACGAUAAUAGAUUAUAUUAGAGCGGUAUCUGUAAUCAGAUAUAAACCUUUUACUAUAUUUGUUGGUAGUGUUAAUAAUGAGGUGAUGGAUUCCUUAUACCUUUGUGUAUUUUUCCAUGUCUAACACUCAGUACUGUAAAGUGAAUUCAGUAUUGAUCAACAGAUUUGUUGUAGUGUUCAUAUUUGUUUUAAAAUGUGUUUUAUUUUGAAGCACUGUGGAGAAUGAGGAGAGUUGAGUUUCAUGCUAGGCAUUAGAGGGGAUUCUCAGUGUAUACCAUUGGUUUUGGCAGGAUGAGGGUUUUAAUAAUAACGUAUUCAUUUGCCAGUGGACAUGUACCUAUAAGUCACUCCUGUAACUUUUAACAGCUUUAUGCUCCAUGUUAAGUGUCAAUCCUACUUUGUAAUGGUCUCUGAUUUGUUAUUGUACAAGUCUCCCUGUCACUUCCAAACUAAGAUGAAAUAUUAUUUCUUUAAGGAAGAAAGUCUAUAACACAUUUUUCGCUCCGUUAUUGGCUGUGUAAUUCAACUCUAGGUGUUCAGCUUAGCGGUUUAUUUUUACCUGCCUUGGUAAAACAUUAUGACACUGGCAUUGCUCUGUAUCCAUUUCCUUAUUUUGUGAUGAUUCAGCCUUGGGAAUUGCAAUGUCAAGUGUCAUUUAUGUUUUGAUUGUGGUAUGAGACAACAAACGUGAAAAGUGAAAUGCAUUUUCUUUGUGCAGUUGUGCAUGCGUGUGUCUGACCACAAAUUCUUGCAUUCCAAUAUUUUGGGUGUGGUCUGGUGCAGUUGUUUUUGAAUUGUAAACUUCGAUAACCACAUCCCCUUAAGUCCCACUCUUAGUUAAUAGGAAUGGAGAGUUGUAAUCUGAUGACUGUAUAUAUGGAGGUGUUUAGUAUUUUUUAAAUAAUGCAGAAGAGGUAUGUUUUUGAAAAAUCACACUUGAAGGCGAUUAUUAAUGCCUAAUCAUAUAACCAUUCCUGUUUAGGUGAUCAAGAAUUAUAUUUAAUUUAUAUUCAAUAAUUUUAUUUUUUACUAACAAAUGACUAACAAAUCCAAAUGAUUUUGAUCUGGUUAUUUAAAAAAAAAAAAAAAAAAAAGUUAGAAUUGCUUGUUUAGUUAAUGGAAGCUCGCAUUCCGGAGAGCAAAUCAGUUCGCUCUAAUUCAGAUGAAUUACGACUGUAAUUAGCUUUAUGACCCCUUCUGGAAACAAUUACUUGCCUUUAUUUAGAAAAUGCAACCAGUGCAAAUGGUUUAAUUGAAUUAAGGGCAUUUCCUAUAUAAGCACUACAGUCUUAAAAGACUUUGCUAUGUAAAAUGCACCAUCUCUGGCUGAUUCACCUGAUCACAUGAUUCAUAAGCUGAUUUUGUUUUUGACAGACUUAGUGCAUGUCACGAUAUUGGUUUUAUUUAGCAGAGAGGAAACUGAAAUCAAUUGGAAUUCAUGUUUUUAUCAGAUCAAUAGAUUGCUAAUCUAUUAAAAUGAAUUUUAUUUUUAACCACUUCACAUUACAUUUAAAAGGGAAAAAUAGCAAUCUAGUUUGGAAUUUGAAAAUGGGCAUUUUAGGUUAUUAUUAUUAUUGUUAUUAUUAUUAUUAUUAUUAUAAUACUAGAGCAAUCAACAAUGUUUGAAAAUAGUAACAGGGGAGUUUUUACAGAUGCACAUGGGCAAAAUUAUGACUUUUUUUUUUUUGUGUGUGUGCUUUGCUCAGUCAAGUCCUAUGCUUAUUUCAGGAACUGGUUUGGGUCACAGAUGUAAAUUUGUAUUGAAGAACUUUGGUACUUCCACUGAGCAAUUUGGGAAAAUGUUAUUUGUAGUGCUUUCCUUCACCUCUAGAGGUCCAUUGUUAAAAGUCAAACACCUUUUUUUUUUUAAUUCAGUGUGUAUACCAAAAUGCUAGGCAACUUUGCACAAAAAUGAUUUCAAAUAUUAGCCUUCAUAUUUUCUUUUAUUGGAGUAUUUGGAAUAUAUGGAAUAUUUUAACUGCCUAUCUAAUCACCAUUGAACUUGACAUGUUUGAAUAUGGGUAGACAUGAAACGAGUACAGUUUUGCCAAUCUUGGUGUAAUAUAUAUUAAAUGAUUGGAACAGGCCUUACGUGGCUGAUACGAGGUGAGAUUAAAGUUGUCACAUGCCCUGAAAAUGGCCCAUUUCUUCACCCUGUGAAAUGGAGAGAAUAUGACAGCUUUGUACACUGCUCUACUUUAUGUCUCUUAAUUGUACACUUGCAUUUAUUGUGCUUUGACAUGGAAAAACCACCUACUCAAUACUCCAACUCAUCAUGUUCUCUUGAAAUCCACUUGAAUGUUUACUUAGAAAUGUUAUAUAUAUUAUAGGCUAUGUAUGUAUACAGUGCACAAACCCUCUUACACCUGCAUACAUACCUACAUUCAUACAGGACGUCACGUAUAACAUUGUGUUUUGUAAGUUAAAAAUCAAAUCUACACUUUGUGAUUCCUUUUAGAUAAAAGAUUUUAAAAAUGAA